CUUGACCAGCUGCCACCGCAGCGGACACUCCUCGCCUCCCCAGCAAGCCACGCGCGCGCGCUCAGCUCGGCAGCUCGCAGACCCAGCCAUGGCGACGCCCACUCCCGCUUCCACGGUGGCUGCCUUGGCGUCCGGCGGCCGUGGCGGCUUCCUCCUCGCUCGCGCCCGGGUCGCCCCUGGUGGCCGAUCCACUGCGGCUGCGGUCCGUGCCCAGCCGGCGGCGGCCGAGCUGGUGGAGCGGUCGGUGAACACCAUCCGGUUCCUGGCCGUGGACGCCGUGGAGAAGGCCAAGUCCGGCCACCCGGGGCUCCCCAUGGGCUGCGCGCCCCUGGGCCACGUCCUCUUCGACGAGUUCCUCCGCUUCAACCCGGCCAACCACGCCUGGUUCGACCGCGACCGCUUCGUGCUCUCCGCCGGCCAUGGAUGCAUGCUCCACUACGCGCUGCUCCACCUCGCCGGAUACCAAGGCGUCACCAUAGAUGACCUGAAAGCUUUCCGGCAGUGGGGGAGCAGAACUCCUGGUCAUCCAGAAAAUUUUGAGACAGAUGGUGUUGAAGUCACCACCGGUCCUCUGGGGCAGGGCUUUGCAAACGCUGUUGGACUAGCACUUGCUGAGAAACACCUAGCUGCUCGUUUCAACAAACCCGAUUUAACUGUCGUGGACCACUACACGUAUGUUAUACUUGGGGAUGGUUGUCAAAUGGAAGGUGUUGCGAAUGAGGCCGCCUCCCUUGCUGGCCACUGGGGUCUCGGAAAGUUGAUUGCCUUCUAUGAUGACAAUCAUAUAUCAAUCGAUGGAAGUACGGCUAUUGCUUUCACUGAAGAUGUGCUUGCCCGAUAUGAGGCCCUAGGAUGGCAUACUAUCUGGGUGCAGAAUGGCAACACUGGCUAUGAUGACAUCCGUGCAGCUAUAAAAGAAGCAAAGGAGGUCAAAGAUAAGCCAACUCUUAUCAAGGUGACUACUACAAUUGGUUAUGGAUCGCCAAACAAGGCGAGCACACACAGUGUGCAUGGGAGCGCUUUAGGUUCCAAGGAAGUAGAGGCAACCAGAAAAAAUCUUUCCUGGGCUCAUGAGCCUUUCCAUGUGCCUGAUGAGGUGAAAAGGCAUUGGGCUCACCAUCUUGACGAGGGUGCUUCUCUUGAAGCUGAAUGGAAUGCAAAGUUUGCAGAGUAUGAAAAGAAAUACCAGCACGAGGCUGCUGAGCUAAAUAGCAUAGUAUCAGGGAAGCUGCCUGAUGGGUGGGACAACGCUCUUCCAAAGUAUACCCCUGAAAGUCCUGCUGAUGCUACAAGGAACCUAUCUCAGCAAUGCCUGAAUGCUCUUGCUAAAGUAAUACCUGGAUUUCUUGGAGGCAGUGCUGAUCUUGCAUCAUCAAACAUGACAUUGCUAAAGAUGUUUGGUGAUUUCCAGAAGGACACCCCUGAAGAGCGAAACAUCCGUUUUGGUGUCAGAGAGCAUGCGAUGGGUGCCGUUUGCAAUGGCAUUGCUGUACAUAGCCCUGGCCUGAUACCUUACUGUUCGACAUUCUUUGUGUUCACUGACUACAUGAGAGCUCCUAUACGCCUUUCGGCCUUAUCUGAAUCAGGAGUGAUCUUUGUGAUGACUCAUGAUUCUAUCGGACUUGGAGAAGAUGGGCCGACACAUCAACCAGUUGAGCAGUUGUUCAGCCUCCGAGCAAUGCCAGGCAUAUUAAUGCUCCGACCAGCUGAUGGAACCGAGACUUCUGCUGCUUAUAGGAUCGCGGUUAUCAACAGGAAGAGGCCCUCUAUCCUUGCACUGUCUCGGCAGAAGCUCCCGCAGCUGGAAGGUACAUCGGUUGAAGGCGUUGCUAAGGGAGGAUACGUCAUUUCUGACAAUUCCUCUGGCAACAAACCUGACCUCAUCCUCAUCAGCACAGGCUCUGAGCUCGAGAUCGCAGAAAAAGCAGCCGGUCAGUUGAGGAAGGAGGGGAAAUCUGUACGGGUUGUCUCGCUUGUUUGCUGGGAAUUGUUUGAGGAGCAGCCUGAAGAGUACAAGGAGAGUGUCCUACCAAGCGAGGUUACUUCCAGGAUUAGCAUUGAAGCCGGUGUCACACUGGGAUGGGAGAAGUAUAUCGGCCAGAAGGGCAAAGCAAUCGGCAUUGACCGCUUCGGUUCAAGUGCCCCUGCUGGGAGAAUAUACAAGGAGCUUGGUUUGACGGUGGAGAAUCUCAUUGCAACAGCCAAAUCACUGUAAAAGGAUCAUUGCAUUGCUCAACAAAUGUAUAUGAAGGUUCGCUCAUAUAUCCUCGUAUAUGCUAUUUUAAUAAUCAAUAAAGGGCAGUCUCAAGGUUGGUUUGUUACAGCUCGGGGAGCUUAUUGAGGUGUAAAUAAUAACAAUGUCUGCCUAAUAGGUCUAAUAAUUAAGCCAGUUUGUUUUUCCAACUCAGCUAAGUAAUAGAUAGUUCUGGGAGUGCCCGCUGCAAUUCAUAUAGAA